AUGUGGUUGAAACUACUUUCUGCAGCUUUUCUUAUUCUACAACUACAUGCUUCUUUAUAUAUUCCGGGGCACACAUGUGAUUGUCCACAAUACGCUUGCCAGCCAGUUACUGCCAGAACAUGCCCAAUGAUCCUUUGCCCAUCUCCACAUGGUUGCAUGGGUGGUUAUGAAAUGUCUAAAGCAGUAAAUCCUUAUCCAAAUUAUUCAUCGUAUCAAUAUCAACUCAAUCAACAGCAGCAACAGUACACUUCUCCACAACAACAGCGUUUCCAUCAACCGAUUGAUGAGUUGGAGAUGAGAGCCUUUGCAUCGGGUCUUCGACUCGGUCAACCCACUCAAGCAAUCGAAAACUCUCAACAAUUGAAAGUCUUCGAACAUUUGGGAGAUGAUGUCGAAAUUGAGAAAAUGGUUGAAGAGGAUCUUGAUUUAACGCACGGUUUGAGAAAAGCCGACAUUCGACGCGCUCCACAAAUUACGGUCAGAGAAGUACCUGAAGAGGAGGAUCCACAAGUGACAAAGAGACAGACCGAAGCUUCGAAGCAAUCGCAAAGCGGCGCUGAGCUGCCUAAAUGUAACAGUCAAGUGUUAAAGAAGUUGAUGGAAGAGAACAUUUCCGACAACUCAUCAGAUUCAAAACGGAAGAUCAACACGGCGGCUGAAGAGAAAUUUGGGGGAAAUGUUGAUGUUGUGUGCAGUCGGGGGCAUUUCUCUUACGUUUUCUCAUCAAAUUUAUACUGUGAAACGACGAAAGGACUUGUUACUUGUAUAGCUUUUCGACAAGCUGUU